AUGGAGAACCAGACUCCUGAUUCAUCCUUCUUGACACAGUUCUCUCGGGAAGAAGAAACCAAACGUCCUCCUUUCCCAGUGAUCAGAGACACUCUCUAUGACUACCCUUAUUCUGAUUUUGAUGAUGAAGGAGAAGAAGAAGACAUCUGGGUUUCACCAGAUCAUGAUCAGAAUCUCAAUUCCAAUUCCAACCUUGCUACUCUCUAUAGUCCUCCAUUAGACUUAAUCUUCCAAGGUUCGUUCCAUGAAGCUAAGGUUGAAGCUACUGGACAAGACAAGUGGUUACUUGUAGACUUGCAAUCCAUGAAGGAGUUCGAAUUACAUGUCAUGAACCGGGACUUAUGGUCCAAUGAAACAAUAGCUGAGACGAUCAAGAUCAUUCUUGUAAUCGAUCCAAUUACUGGUCAGAAGAUGCGUUUGUCUAAGGGGAUGGUUGAACCGGAUUAUUUGAUGGAUCUUCUCUCUUCUUUCAUGGAGAAUGGUCCUAAAUGUAGGCUUGAGAAGUGUUCUAUGAAGGAGGAGGAGAAGAAGAAGAAGAAGAUGAAGAUGAUGUAUCCACCACUUCCUGAAGAACCUAAGAACGAUGAUACUAGUUUGAUUUACAGGGUUGGAGUUCGGCUUCCCGAUGGGAGACGGUUUUACCAGAGUUUUCUUCGUGAGGAUCCGAUACAGUUGUUAUGGUCUUUCUGCUGUUCUAAGAUUGAAGAAGCAAAGAUUAGUAAAUUUGAGUUAAUGGUGGCGAUUCCUGGGAAAUCAAAGCGUUUGGAUUAUGGAAGUGAAUCAAGUUUUGAGGAAUCUGGGAUUUCAAACUCCAUUGUUUCUCUUGUAUUGGAAUGA